AAAGUUCGCCGUUGUUAGCCUUCCUGUAACUCUCGAAUGUGCCGGCCGCAGGCGGAAGGAACAUAAUGUCAUCCGCCAGACACUUGGCUUCAGCUGGGGAGCAGCGGGAGCUUGGGCAACGAACGGGUUACCAUUGGAAGUUCGAACCAGUCCAUGUUUUUCCUGUGCGCAUCAUUGUGCCGGGUCAGAUUGGUGGACGGUCUGUUAAGCUGCAUUUUUGGGUUGUGCCUGACCAGGCCCCCGCUGAGAAGUGGCAUUGGUGGUAUGGCCCAAGAUAUGUCAUCACGUUGAGCUUCGGGGAGCUUAACAUCAAUAGCGUCAUCGCAAAACUGGACCAUCAUGAUAAUGAGAAGGAUGAAAAUGGCACGAUCACUUCAUAUCCCAUCCGAAGAUAUACGUACGCAGGUGGAGGCCGCAGGGCGACCCGUGUCGAGGUUUUGCUUGACCAGGGGGGGACAUGGACAAUGGGAAACAUGAUAGCUACUAGUAUGGAUGAAGGCCCCACGUUGCAACAAGGAGACGUGUAA